AUGGUUACUGCCAAUCGGUUUUCGGAUCCAAACGUUACGUCGUAUUCCCGCAUGCUGAUCGAUGUUUCUGGAGACCAACUUCUGGUCGGAGCAAGGGAUAACCUGUUCCGGUUCUCGUUGCGACUGGACGUGAUCGAACGCGCCUCCUGGGACGUACCGCAGAACCUGCGAUCGCUCUGCACGACGAAGGGCCAGUCGGAGGAAGCGUGCCGGAACUAUAUCAUGGUGCUGCAGAGCUUCGGCAGCCAGGUGUACGUAUGCGGCACGCACGCCUUCCGGCCGCGUUGCACCGUGCGCCACAUGGAGGACCUCUCGGUGACGCGGGACGACGACGGCAUGGCCAAGUGCCCGUACAACCCGGCGGCCAACAUGACGGCGCUGAUGUCGGAGUCGGGCCAGCUGUUCGUCGGGUCGACCACCGACUUCUCCGGCCUCGACUCGGCCAUCCUGCGCGCGGACAUCACGCAGAACAGCUCGCGCAUCCUGCGCACCGUCCAGUACAACUCGCUCUGGCUGAACGAGCCCCAGUUCGUCGGGAGCUUCGAGCACGGAGGCUUCAUCUACUUCGUGCUGCGCGAGGCGGCGGUCGAGUAUAUGAACUGCGGAAAGAGCAUCUACUCGCGGAUUGCGCGGGUCUGCAAGAACGACCCGGGUGGUACGCCGGGCAUCCUGAAGGACAACUGGACCUCGUUCGUGAAGGCCCGCCUGAACUGCUCGCUGCCGGGCAACUAUCCGUUCUACUACAACGAGGUGCAGGGGAUGGUCUACUCGCACGAUGAAGGAGUUCUUUACGCGACGUUCACCACACCAGAAAACAGCAUUCAUGGGUCGGCAAUCUGCGCGUACAACAUGUCCGCCAUUCAGGCCGCGUUCGAUGGCGCCUUCAAGCACCAGGAGUCGAAGGGAGCGGCCUGGCGUGCGCAGGAAGUCUCCAGCCGGGACCACUACGAGUGCCGCGGAUCGGUUUCGGCCCCCGGCCGUCACAUGUCGCUGAUCGAGUCGUCCAAGUACCAGCUGAUGGACCAGGCCAUCCAGCCGAUCACGGGCCGACCGCUGCAUCAUGCGGCCCUCGAGCGCCUCAGCCACAUCGCGAUCGACGUCAUCCCGACGAAGCUGCACGAGCGCGUCCACAUCAUCUACGUGGCCACGGACGACGGGCUGAUCAAGAAGAUCUCGGUGUUGCCGCGCACGAAGGACACGUGCGUGAUCGAGCUGUGGCAACCGGAAGCGCGCACCGACGGAGUGACGGCCCGCAUCCGCACGAUGCAGUACGUGAAGGACACGGAAUCGCUGUACGUCGGCACGGACCGAGCGCUGAUGCGCAUCCCGGCGAACCACUGCGGACGCCAUCCUUCCCGGGCGAGCUGCCUCAACUCGAUGGACCCGUACUGCGGCUGGAACGAGCUGCAGGAGGCGUGCACGGUGGCACCGAACGGGGAUACGCUGGCGAAGUACUGGGUGCAGAAUGCGACCGAGUGCCCGGUGCUGACGGCUCCGGUCGAUGGUGGCUGGUCGGCGUGGUCGGAUUGGUUCAAGUGUGCCCAGUCGGGGAGCGGUGGUGGUGGCGGUAUCGGGGGAGCCGGAGGACAAUUGGCGCUCCAGCUGCAGAGUGCCGCCGCCGAGGAGUUCGGCCCGAACGCGGACUCUUGCCUGUGCCGGACGCGAACCUGCAAUAACCCACCGCCGAAGAACGGAGGACGCGGAUGCACCGGAGUUCACAUCGCCGUCAGCAACUGCACCGUGCACGGAGGCUGGACGGAGUGGUCCGCCUGGUCGGCCUGCUCGCAAACGUGCGGGAUGGCCGUGAAGACGCGACGGCGCACGUGCGGUAAUCCGAAGCCGGCGCACGGAGGACGCGUUUGCGUCGGGCCGGAUCGGGCCGAGAUCUACUGCUCGCAUCUGCCUCCGUGUCCGGCACCGAAGCAACCGCCGGUCGAUGGUGGUUGGGGUCCGUACGGAGACUUUGGGGAGUGCAGCGCACCGUGCGGUGGCGGGUUCCGCAUCCGCCGUCGGAAGUGUGACAACCCUACGCCACAGAACGGUGGCAUGGAUUGCUCCGGGUGUCACUUCGAUUACGAGGUUUGCAAUACCCAACCCUGUCCGGAUGUGCGGAAAGCGGGCACCUGGACACCUUGGUUGAUGGUGCCGGGUGGGAAUGGGUCCACCGGCAGCGGAGGUUACGUCGAGAAGCGCUUCCGGUUCACUUGUAAGGCUCCGAUCGCUGAUUCGGCGCUGCUGAAGAUCUCCCCCAAAGAGGAAGUGCGUGUAUGCCAGGCGGAUGGAUCUUGCCAGAGGUCGGUGGACUCGGCGGGACUAGCGGCGUCGAUGGGAUCCUCCUCUGGAGGCGCUACGCUGGAUGCCGAUGGUGAGGAUGGUUGGAGCGAGUGGAGCUCCUGGAGCCCGUGCAGUGCGUCCUGCGGAGGAGGCUAUCAGUAUCGGACGCGCGUCUGCGAGAAGCUUGAAUGUAUCGGAUUCAAUAGGACGAAGCGAGCAUGCAACACCCAACCAUGCAAGGGUGAAUGGGGUUGCUGGACGGACUGGACACCGUGCACGGUCAGCUGUGGCACCGGAACACGAUCCCGCUCUCGCCAGUGCCUCUCGAUGUCCGGCAGCUUAACGCCCGAGAACGACUGUGAGGGUAAAAGCGUGCAGUACGAAAGCUGCGAGAUGCCAAACUGUGACUCAUUCCUCGGCUGGGGCGAAUGGAGCGAAUGGUCGCCGUGCAAUGCGGACAACGAGAAGCUUCGGACCCGUGUCUGCCUUCAGCCACACUCGGUCUCGGCCACCGGCGAGCUUACGUGUCUCGGAAGCGAUCGGGAGCUACGCAAGUGCAACAUCGAACUCAACAAUGAUGGUCCACUACCACCGGCGGCAAUCUACGCCUCGUCCGUCUCGGCCAUUCUGAUUGCGGUCGCCGUAACGAUGCUCGUGUGCUGCAGUGUCAGCAUUGCCGGCACCGUGCACUACAUGAGGCGCAAAACGAAGGGUCUGAAGGCGAUCCAGGGUUCGCCGUGCUACGGUUCCUACCCGAACCAGUACUCUUCGCUACCGACCAAGGAUUUUACGGAUAGCGGCAGCAAACCGAAACGGCAGUCGUCCUUCAAGGGCCCCCGGAACGAUGCGAGCGGCUCGAAGCUGUCCAAUGGCACCGGCACGCUGGUCAAGUCGAUCAACGUCAACGGUGGCCCGCUCGGCAACAACACGCCCAAGAUUCUGGUGAAGUCGUUCAACGAAACCGACACGGCCACGAUCAAGCGGAACUCGCACGGUCCGAACAACAUCCGGCACGCACGCCAGCUCGAAAUGGACGAGGACAAGUACUGACCAAUGGGCGACCGGGAACAAUGCCAGCCAGAAGGUGCGAAAAACGAAAGGUGAAAGAACAUAGACAUAGUAACGACAUACAUGUAGUGUAACAGUUGCGCCUCAAGAUUGACCUAACUGUGGGAAACGGAAAAGCAAAGGGAAAGUAUUAGCAAUUAACACAAGAGACAACUUAGGAGUUAUGAAGAGACUAAUGAGUGGACGUAGGAAAUGGACAAGGACAAGAAGAGAGAGAGUUUGCAAUGCCGAUUUGUGCCAUUAGUGUGUAAAUGUGUUUUAUUUUUCGCGCGAUAAUCAAACAAAAGACAAAGCAACGAAAAACGGUAGUAUUAAGGUAACAGAACUUUAGGGAUUUAAAAACAGAAAGUCGUAAAAACCGCCUUCCA